CUGUCAGUUUUCCGUACGCUUCCGACGGUAACAGUUGGAAAUCUAUUUUGGAGCGUGAAUUGAACUAAUUUUUCAAAAUUUGUGUGUGAGCAUAUUGAAGCGCCAGCAAGUGGCAGUGUGGGUAGCAACAAAAAAAAAAAAACGAAAUAAAAUUAUUAAUCAGAAAACAAUAAAUUUUAUCGCGCGAGAAAAAAUUUAACAUAAAGAAAUUAUCCAAGAGCGGCGUUUGUUUGUUCUGUAAGCAGGAGAUUUGUUUAUUCUUAACCAAAAAUUUUAUUUGGGAACAUCACUGCCAUCAUCGCACAAGCUCCAUUCAUACAAAAUAUCUAAAUCUACAUAAAUUCAAUAAUGUCAUCCACUGACGCCGUUGCCGUACUGCCAACCAUCGAUAUCGAUCAACCGAAAUAUGACCAGAGCACAUACAUCAAUCGUGCCAAGCAUUUCUUCCUACUCACCAACCCAUUGAAUCUCUUAGCGAGCAAUGAGGAGUUGGAACGUGCUAGACGUAUAGUAAACAAUUAUCGUGCCGGUAAACCGGUUCAGGAGUGUAGCAGUGUUGAGGAGUUGUGGCGAGCCAAAUACUUGUACGACUCAGCAUUCCAUCCAGACACGGGAGAAAAAUCGCUAAUCAUUGGACGCAUGUCCGCGCAAGUGCCCAUGAACACUUUGAUUACAGGAUGCAUGUUAUCGUUCUACAAGACUACACCAGCCGUCGUCUUCUGGCAAUGGGUCAAUCAAACAUUCAAUGCUGUCGUCAACUAUACAAAUCGUUCGGGAUCAACACCGAUCUCCAAAGAGCAAUUGCUUACUUCAUAUGUUUUGGCCACUGGUGGCGCGUUGACCACAGCACUCUCUCUUAACAGACUAGUGAAGAACUUGAACCCACUAAUUGGACGUCUGGUGCCACUGGCCGCUGUAGCCGCAGCUAAUUGCAUUAAUGUACCAAUGAUGAGAAUGCAGGAAUUGAAAAAUGGUGUCACUUUGCUGGACGAAAAGAACAAUGAAUUGGGCGUUUCGAAGAAAGCAGCCGCUGUGGGCAUUACAGCUGUCGUGGCUAGUCGCAUAGCCAUGGCUGCACCUGGCAUGGUCCUAACACCUCUACUAAUUCAGUCAUUGGAAAAGCGUGGCUUACUCAAACGCUUCCCCAAAGCCAGCGCACCUAUUCAAACGCUCUUCUGUGGUUUCGUUUUGAUCUUUGCCACUCCAUUGGGUUGUGCAUUCUUUAGCCAACGCGCCGCUAUUGGGGUGGAACGUUUGGAGCCUGAUGUGAAGGAAAAGAUUAAUAAACAUAAUCCCGAGCUUACAGAAGUCUGGUUUAACAAAGGCUUAUAAAUACAUUUGAAAGACAGUUUUUAUUGCGUAUAACGCUUGUGUUUUCGUUAAGACACUAUGCAUUUUUUAAUGGACAAUAAUGUAUUCCCGUUAGUUUCUUAUAAGAGCUUAUUGUAGUGAACGUUAUUUUUUUUUAAGAAAAAGUGGCAUUUAGCUUGCAUAUGUAUGUUUUAAAAAACCAUCAUGGAUUUAUAUAUGUAUGUAUGUGUAUAUGUAUAAAAUUACAUAUCUCAUUAAAUUAUUGGCAAGUAUAUACAUGCAUAUGUAUGUAUAUUACUUAAUAAUUUUAUAUACUUUGCAUGUAACUUCCAAAAAUCCUUCUCUUGAGGAUUAAUUUGGCAUUUAAGUAACUUAACAUUGCAUAGCUUCCCUAGAGCCAACAGUGAGAGCUUUGAAGGAUUGUAAAGAAAUACCUCAUUUAGGAAAUAUUCAUGCUUAAUGACAAUUUACUUAAUGCUAAUUUAAACUGUUUACUUCGUUUCUUAGUACAUAUAUGUACAAAUGUAUUGAGGAAGAAAGUUCUUAAUAAAAGAACAUAUGUUUGUAUGUAUAUAUAUAUAUUUAUGUAU